AUGGACUAUGCUCGCAGACCUUUAUACCGACCAUCAAAGAGUGUUCUUCUUGAUAUACGGAAAUAUCAAGGAUCCACAAUGCUGUUAAUCAGUAAGCUGCCAUUUUCAAGACUGGUAAGGGAAGUUACAAAUUCUAUUACUUUGCUGAACUACAGGUACCAGUCUAUGGCUUUAGCUGCAUUGCAAGAGGCCUCAGAAGCAUUUUUAGUCAGGUUAUUAGAAGACGCUUAUCUCUGCACCAUCCAUGCCAAACGGGUCACUCUUAUGCCCAGUGACUUACAGUUAGCCAGACGAAUAAGAGGACAUAUUGGAGGUUUAGGAUGA